GGUCUUUACGGACGUGAUCAAUUCUCUCCAGGGAUUUUCCAUUUUCAUUAUAUUCAUCUGUAAGAAGAAUAUGCUGAAGAAGAUUCGCAGCAAGUGGGAUCCCUAUCUCCGGCGCAUGAAGGAAAUGGUUGGAUCAACUCGGCUGUCUCACUCUGGUACGGCCCAUACAUCUCAAGUUCAUUCUUCCUUCAGUUCGACAAGCAACAGACCAAACCAUUCGGCUGCAUCACAGAGGACAGUGCAAAGCCAGAUAUCCAUUGACCCCACAUCAUCAACAAGAAGGCUGUCUGCCAGUUCCCUCUCCCCUGUCACAGGUGUGCAGGUUCACAGCCAGAACAAAAUUGCAAUGAACACUAUUGCUGAGAGCUCGAAUGAACAAGAAAGUAAUAAUGCUAUUGGGAACUUCCCCACUACUGAUGUCUCAAAUCCUGUGCCACAGAGACUGAGUUCAUCAGGUAGUGGAAAUAACACAGUUGAUGGGACUUCAGUGAUGGUCGCAGGUAUACCAAGUAGCACUGUUAACCCCUCUGAUGUUUCUGUUGAAGAAUCUGGAAAGCCACCUCACCUCAAAGACAUCACUGAAGAACCUAUGCCAGUUACAACAAGGGACAGCAAAAUCUCUAUACCAGAUGAAGAUGAAGGAAAAGAUCAGGGACAUGAAAAUGAAGUACAAUCUCCUAAUAAACUGACUCAGUCUCUGACACCUAACAGGAUGCAGACACCAGCAAGUGACGCAGUUUAUUUAAGUGAUGAGUCAAAGUGUACAGCAGUAAAUGACUCUAGGUCUCCUGACACGAGGCCUGUUUCAUCGUCAGGGAGCAGUGAUGAAGACCCUAUUACCAUUAAUGGAGAAAUACCUCAGAAGAUUGAGGACGGGGUAUCACAUCCUGUGAAUGAAGCUACUGUUGUGAGAGUAAGUUCUCCAACCCCAGAACUCUCACCAUCUGAGAAGGUUAUUAAAGACCAUGCAGAAAUAAAUGAUUCUGAACUAAAGAGUGAAGAGAAAAAAGAAGGGUCACACAACAUCUUAGGACCUCAUGAGCAUCAAGAAACAAAGGAUCUUAGUCUGUAUGAUUAUGGUGAUGAAGAACCAGUGAAUGUCUGACAAGGUCCCUUGUAAAGACAAUGUACCUGCGAUUUGAUUCAAAUAUCAAAACAUGUACGUGCAAGACAUGUAAUGAAGACAUCCCAUGAACUGAUGUAGAUAAUAGAGAAUUUAGAAAUUGGAAUAAAAAAGAUUGGGAAAAGUUGAAUAUCAUGUAAUAAGUUGAUUAUGCAAGGGUAUAAUCUCCUGAUCUCUGAUUUUUACUGAAAGUGUUAUGAGAAAACAUAGAGAGACUGAAAUCUGAAUGUGGGUGUAUAGCAAGAUGUAUUGACUCUGUAAUCAGAAAUGUUAAUAGAUUUUUAAAAAAGGAUCCUUUCAGUAUAUUAAUGUUGCCAUAAGAUUCGUCAUUGGAAAAUAUAUUUGACUUGAAAAUGUAACUUCCCUCUCAAAAUAAUUAUCCAAAUAAUGCAAUAUUAUUUUUUGAGAAAGAUUAAACCAUAAUGACAUUUAAAAUGAGAAAAGAAAACAUUAGUGCACAUUAUGUACAAUAAUGACAUUAUGAAAUGAAAAAAAAUUGAGUAAUAGUGACAUUAUAAGAUGAAAAACAGUUAAGCAAUGGUGACAUUAGAAGUUAUGGUUAAUUUUUAACUUGAAUGUGGAUAUACUGGCAGUCUUUCCAGCAUAAUGGAUAAUAUCAGAAGGAAAUUCAGAAGUGCCAGAAUGUGUGUAGCCACUCAUGCACAAGGACACGAGUACUAUUAUUCACUGGAUCAUACUGCACAUUGAUGUUAAUAAUAUCAGCUGUUUUACUGUAAUGGAGAUGAUGGAAAACUCUGAUGGGCAAGGCUAAGUAUUUAUUAACAACUGGUAAUACUUAGUAUGGGAUACUUACAUGUAAAUUAUAUAAGUUAGUAAGGGUGUGUUAAACAAAAUGUGUGUGUAUAUGCAUUACAUACAAAAUAGUCUGUAUUAGAAGAGUGUAUAUAGAGUGUUAUUUGUAGGUUAUAUCUAUUUGGAAUUAAUUAUAAAGUGCACAUGAUGUGUGGUAAAGUGAAAGUGUUCCCCGCUCUAAUUACUCAUUCUACUCUCGUUCACUAUGAUAUCAAAAUAAAGUUUAGGAAUAUGAU